UUGCAGGGGGCUGAGAGACAGGACCCGGGGGAAGGACAACCAACUCCUUUGGACGAUGGAAACGGUGACUGCGGCGAGGACGAACGGCACCGCCGGGAAGGCAGAGGAUGUGAAGAGUCCAUCUGCCCCCAAAAAGGAAGAAGAAGCGAAGAAAACCACAAGCCCUGGGGGUGGCGAGAAGGAACCUAUGAAGGGCAGUGGUAGUGCUGCUUUGGAAACAGGGCAAAUCAAGAGCUCCCUCUUCUCUGGCAGCGACUGGAAGAGGCCCAUCAUUCAGUUUGUGGAGUCGUCGGAUGAGAAGAGGUCGACCUACUUCAGCAUGGACUCAGCAGAUUCCAAGAAGAUGCAAUAUCCCAGUGGACAGCUAGGAGAGAUGAGGAGACCACCUCUCUCCUUUGCAGAGAAAGGGGAUCUCAGGAAGUCCCUCUUCUCGGACCUGAAGAAAAGUUCCCUCCCUAUGGUGGAGACAGGGGACCUGAGAAGACCCAACUUCAAUAAGCCUGACAGAGCAGCUGGGUCACGGCCCAGGGUGAAGCUGGAGGAUGUUCUGUGUGAUUCCUGCAUCGAUAACAAGCAGAAGGCUGUGAAGUCCUGCUUGGUGUGCCAGGCUUCCUUCUGUGAGCUGCACCUCAAGCCCCAUCUGGAGGGAGCAGCUUUCCGAGAUCAUCAGCUCCUGGAUCCCAUCAGGGACUUUGAAGCUAGAAAAUGUCCUGUGCAUGGGAAGACCAUGGAGCUGUUCUGUCAGACAGACCAGAUGUGCAUCUGCUACCUCUGCAUGUUCCAGGAGCACAAGAACCACAGCACAGUGACAGUGGAGAUUGAGAAAGCAGGAAAAGAGGCUGAGCUUUCACUGCAGAAGGAGCAACUGCAGCUGAAGAUCAUUGAGGUAGAAGAUGAAGUGGAUAAGUGGCAGAAGGAGAGGGACCGUAUCAAGAACUACACCACCAAUGAGAAAGCCACAGUGGAUCAGCAUUUCAAAGAGCUGAUCCGUGACCUGGAGAGGCAGAGGGAUGAAGUGAAAGCUGCUCUGGACCAGAGGGAAAAGAUUGCAUCCGAAAAUGUGAAAGAAAUUGUGGAUGAGCUGGAAGAGAGGGCAAAGCUUCUGCGGGAGGACAAGGAGAACAGGGAGCAGAUCCACCAGAUCAGUGAUUCUGUGCUCUUCCUGCAGGAAUUUGGGGCUUUGAUGCGGAAUUAUGUCCCCCCUCCAUCUCUCCCAACAUACAGUGUGCUGCUGGAAGGGGAGAGCAUGAGCCCAUCCAUGGGACUCCUCAGAGAUGACCUUCUAAAUGUCUGCAUGAGGCACGUGGAAAAGAUCUGCAAGGCUGACCUGGGACGUAACUUCAUAGAGAGGAACCACAUGGAGAAUGGUGACCACCGGUUCAUAAUGAACAACUACGAGUGGAACCAGCCUGACAACUUGAAGAGAUUUUCCAUGUUCCUGUCUCCCAAAGCCAAUUUCAAUCCACGAUCAUGGGAAUUUUCCUCCUUCCAAGCGACUGAGGAAACACUUGUUGGCAAUGGUACUAAGCUGCCUUUUCAGUUCUCCUCCGUGGGACAGAAUCCUCCUGGUGACUUCAGCAAACAGUCUGAUGGGAGCCUCUUCACCAAGACCGCUUACCCUUCAAUAGUGAGACAUCAGUCUACAAAGGUGACGCCACAGACAUGGAAAUCCACUAAGCAGUCUGUAUUGUCCCAUUACCGCCCCUUUUACGUCAACAAAGGCAAUGGAGCCACUUCCAACGAGGCACCUUGAUUCCUGAAGAUUUAGGGAAGAGCUGGCAGCACUUGGAGUGAAGACUCAGCUGCGGAUUUUCAUGGAUGUACCUGCUACUAUAUUAACCUUACUGCUCUAAUCUCUGCCAGGGAGAGGGAAGGUGCAGAAGGGAAUAGCCUUUCCUAGAGGAAACCAGGACUUUUUCCAAACCAUCUAAUCACCUUGAAAGCUCUGCAGGCCUUAACAACAUAACCCCAUCCUCUGCUGUCACCUCCUUGUUCCCUCUCUGUCCCUUUGCCUCUGCAGAGCGAGCUGCUCUGCCUCUCCUGGGAAGCAUGGAUGCUUGGGUAGUACCCCCUCACUCUGCUAGACCAGUUGCCCCCUUCUCCUGACUGUGUUUCUAUCACCAUAGCUGUUAAAUUCUGGUGAAGGCUUCAACCUGGCGAGGCCCAGAGGUCUUCCUGGAAUGGAGAGGCCCCAGCCAGAGGGAGCAGGGACAGGCUAAAGCUCUUCCCAUGCCUCUCUGCCCUGUCACUUGGCCCUGCCCCAGCCAGGGACACUCAGCUCUCACUAGAAUCAGCUCCAGCACUGCCACCUCCCCAAGAUCCCUGCAGACUCCCCCAUCCCAGUGCUGCCACACUUCCCUGGUCAGCUCAGCUCUGCUGGCGUCCAGAAAGCUAUUUGGAGCUGCUGCAGCCCUAGGCCAGCUGCUGGUGGAGGGCAGAGAGGCUUUCUAUCCCAUUAAAGUACCCCUCCAGCCAUCUUUUCAAAUUAAGAAAUAAAAAGAAAAUCCAUCCCUCUAAUAUAAGAUUGAUUAGAUGCCAUAGGUGUUGGGUGUUCUUUUGUUUUGUUUGAUUCAUUUUUUUAACUGCUCCAAACCAAAACUGAUUUAUC